AUUUCAGUGCAAGUAAUUUGUGAAGAAUUAAUAACUCGCGUCGGGGAGGUUUUCAAUCACACUUGAUGAUUGCGCAUAUUUACUUGUUUGCCAAGUCAACCAAAUGAGUUUGGUUAUCUCAAUAAUUUGUUUUAAGCAAAUACCACUUUCAGCAAGUAGAUACACAAGCUUUCUUCUACGGAGGCUCGCGCUUGGCACACAAACUACACGACAACGGUUAGGGCGACACUCUUCCCACUGUGGAGAAUCACUCUCUUCACUUGACUCGACGCGUUCGGACGUGCGGAGAACCUACGACUCGAAUCGCUACUUCCAUGAAUUCACUGCUCUAAUAACUAGAUAUAAACGCAGACGUUUCGUGCGGUAACCUACAACUUAAAUUAGUUUCGAAAACUUUAUAUACUUAAAUGAAACUUAAAAAUAAAACUUAAUUGUAAUAAAACAAACAAGCACAUAUUGAAGUGUGUAAACUGAAAAAACCUCGAAAUCGAAACCAAUUCAAUUCAAACACGGGCGACUCUCAUAAAUAAAGAGUAGUUAAUAAUUAUUUAAUAUUUUAUUCGGACGGAACAUGUCAAGUGUUGAAACGGCGGAAGAGUUUAAGACGCGCUCUCAAAUCGAUCAAGCGGCAGAGGUUCAAUUCAAUGGCUCUGCGGAAUUUGUACUCAUUACCGAUCAUAAAUCACCGAAGAAGGGCUGCAACAUUGCCGAUUUUCUUGAAUCCGGCGUGAAGAAUGUCUUCCGCAAGAAGACACUGUACAAGCGCUUACCGAUUUUGACCUGGCUACCGCGUUACACACGUUACGAUGCCAUCGGUGAUUUGAUUGCAGGCAUAACGGUCGGUUUAACGGUCAUCCCAGCAGGUUUAGCCUACGCGGGCGUCGCUGGCUUGCCUACACAGUUUGGUCUUUAUGGCGCCUUUAUGGGAUGCUUCGUUUACGUUUUAUUCGGUACUUGCAAGGACAGCACUAUCGGUUCGACGGCCAUCGCAUCACUUAUGGUUUUUCAGUUUGCCAAAGGAGUGUGGCAACUCGCUUUAUUACUUACCUUCCUCACCGGCAUCAUCGAAAUACUCAUGGCGCUCUUUCGGCUGACUUUCAUAAUUGAGUUCGUAUCGGGUCCGGUGAGUGCGGGUUUCACCAGCGCCGUCGCCCUGAUCAUUUCUACGUCACAAAUCAAAAAUAUACUCGGUAUUGAUAAUGCGUCGGGUAAUACAUUUUUGGAGCGUUGGAUUAGCAUAAUCAAGGACAUUAAUAGCAUACGCGUGGCUGACACUAUACUUGGUUGCUGUUGUGUUGUUAUUUUGAUUAUAAUGCGUUACGUAGGACGUAUUAAAGUGGGUCCGAAGAGCGAUCGUAAAUGGCAUCAUGUUUUCGCAACCAAAUUGCUCUGGUUCCUGGGAGUUUCGCGCAAUGCAAUUCUGGUGAUCGUUUGUGCUGCUGUAAGCAUGUAUCUGGAGAGGGAGGGUAAACAUUAUUUCCGCAUCACUGGUUUCAUACCGGCGGGACUACCUGAGUUCGGUUUACCACCCUUCUCUAUUGAAGGAACACCAGCAAAUUCCACUUCCGGUGAGCUGGCUAUUGAAGCUAUGGGCUUCACAGAUAUGGUGAGCGAAUUGGGUUUUGGUUUAAUCAUUGUGCCUCUCGUUGCUUUGUUGGAGAAUAUCGCCGUAUGUAAAGCUUUUGCAAAGGGACAACCUAUCGACACAACCCAGGAGCUGCUCACGAUAGGUAUUGCAAAUGUAGCGAAUUCACUGUUCCAAGGCUAUCGCGUUAACGGCGGUCUCGCACGGUCGGCUGUCAAUAAUGCCAGUGGCGUGCGCACCCCGUUAGGAAAUUUGUACAUCGGCUUGGUUGUGAUAGUCGCUCUGCUCUUUUUAACGGAAUUCUUUUUCUACAUCCCACAAACGGUUCUAGCUGCUAUUAUCAUUUCGGCGGUGAUCUUCCAACUGCAAUAUCACGUUAUCUUGCCAAUGUGGCGCAGUAAACGUAUGGAUUUGAUUCCCUGUUUUGUUGCCUUCAUUGCGUGUUUGGUUUUACCAUUGGAGAUCGGCAUCCUCGUUGCGAUCGGUGUGAAUCUAUUGUUUAUUUUAUAUCACUCAGCACGACCCAAAGUGCGCUUGGAGACAUUAGAGACUCACGAUGGCAUCAAAUUUCUACAGCUAACACCGGAUCGUUGCCUCAUCUUUCCUUCCGUUGAGUUUGUACGUAACCUGGUGCUCAAGUUUGGCAAUAAAACCACACUGCCGGUGGUCAUAGACUGCACUUACAUCUAUGGUGCUGACUACACUGCCGCCAAAGUGAUCUCCUCACUGAUCGAAGAUUUCAAACAACGCAACCAAAAAAUUAUCUUCUAUAAUUUGAAACCAAAUGUUGUGCAAAUCUUCGAUGGCCUGAAUAUUAGCUUAACAUUGUGCUACAACACUGACGCACUGACCCAGGCGCUGAGGGAGAAUCGAAAUGGCGCGACGACGAAACCGCCUCUAGAAAAUGAUGUAGAGGCUGGUACAAAAAGUAGUAGCGAAACAUUGAACUCAGCGCUUACUGCCGAAGCGUCGUGAAAUACGAGUACUGUUAUAUUAUGUAAAUUAUGUCUUAAGUUACAUUUUUAAAAUAAUCAAAACGUCGGAGACCAUAUAAAAAAAAUAUAUAUAUACAUAUGAGUAAAAACACGUCAAGUGGACCCCCCAGAUUCCACUUGAUCAUCGAAUUUGAAUUUGAGUAUUUUUUCAUAAAGUAGUAGUUGAAAUUUUUUACUACUUUUAGUUAAAAAAUUAAUAAUUAAAAAACUAUUGAUGAUUUUUAAAUGAAAUUUUCAGGAGUUAUAGUUCAAGACUUGUACUUUGAGAAAAUAUGUAUGAAUUUAAAUAAUUCUUUUUUUCAAAUUGUUAAUUAACUUUUAAGUUAAGAAAUUAAAAUUUUAAUGUUUUCUCCCCUUUUUUUUAGUAUUUUGCAAUAAACAUUAAAGUAACGAAAUCCGCAAAA